GUGCAAACAAACAGAACUCUGCUACAUUAUUAAUGGAGUCCGUCUCCACCAAACUCAUGUCGAAUCAGCUGAAGCAUGCUCGGUGACUACCUGUGGGGGUGCAGGCUCUCAGAGAGGCCGAUCGGUAAUGUAGAGACGUAAAGAUAGCAUGAAAUGGUCGUUAAAUAUCAGGAGUUAAGCUCUCACUCACCUUCGUAGUCCAGCCUGUGCAUGCACUGAUAAUCUACCUCAAUCCGCUGCUUUCACCUGGAGACACCCAGACUCCCGCGUGCACACACGCCCCCCCGCAGAGUCUCUGCACACACACAGACACAACCAGUAAACUCUCACCUCACCUAACCUGCCUCACAGUGGAUGUUUCUGUGUGUAACUCUGCCACCUAGUGGACGACAGAAGACUGACACCACCUGAAGUGUUCAGACGGUGAAAGAAUGCCUGCCCCGGGUGUGUGUAUGAACAUCAUCAAUGCACGUCGUAAGAAAGACGGAUAUGGGACCCCCAUGAACCCUGAGAAGUUCCUGAACCAGGACUACGAGCAGCUGAAACAGUACUGUCUCGCCCGGCGCAUCAGAUACAUCGAUGACAUGUUCCCCCCCGACAAGAGGUCCAUCGGUGAAGGGAUCCUCAGCCCUGCUGACCUGGUCCGAGUUAAGUGGCUGAGACCGAUGAAACUUGUCAACAAUCCAUUUUUUACGGUUGAUGGCAUAUCCAGGUUUGACUUUGGUCAAGGCAUGGUUGGAAACUGCUGGCUCCUCGCAUCCAUCGGGGCGCUGACUUUCCAGCCUGCUAUCUUUGAACAAAUCGCUCCUCUUAACCAAAGUUUUGAUGACGACUACUGCGGGCUGUUCCACUUCAGGUUCUGGAGAUUUGGAAGAUGGGUGGAUGUUGUUAUUGACGACAAGCUACCAACAAUUGAUGGCAGGCUGAUCUUUGUUCACUCCAAAGACCCGACCGAGUUCUGGCCUGCUUUGCUUGAGAAGGCGUAUGCAAAAGUGUGUGGUUCUUAUGACGACAUGAGCGCUGGAACUCCCUCUGAGGCUCUGGUGGACUUCACUGGUGGUGUCCACAUCUGUCUCCAGCUGUCAGAACCUCCUCCAAAUCUGUGGGAGCUGAUGUGCAGAGCCGGUCAGGCAAAGUCUCUGAUGGGUUGUGGUACACAUCAGGGGGAGACGUCUGCAAACACUGUCCUACAGAAUGGACUGGUCCAAGGUCACGCCUAUGCUGUCACUGGCGUGAAGCAGGUGAUUAGCCAAGGGAAACCUGUGAGACUGGUGCGCUUGUGGAAUCCCUGGGGUCAAGGAGAAUGGAAAGGAGACUGGAGUGAUCGCUCCUCUUUGUGGCAAACCAUCAGCCCUCAGGAUCGGCAACAGUGCCUCUCUGUGGAUGAUGAUGGAGAGUUUUGGAUGACUCUGGAAGACUUCUGCAGGUUCUACUCUGACCUCGACAUCUGCUGCAAGUGUCCGGACUUCCUGGACGCAAGCUCUUCAUGCCACUGGAAGACGUCCGUUUAUGAAGGACGAUGGGUCGCAGGAACCACCGCGGGAGGAUGCUUGAAUAAUCCCGCGAGCUUCUGGACCAAUCCACAGUACCGGGUGAAGGUUGAGAAGGUAGCUGGUGGAUGCUCUAAGACACAGGGUGAGGACAGCAUGCUGGUGUCUCUCAUGCAGAAGCCCGACAAGAGAAACAGACGCCUGGUUGAAAACCUCCACAUUGGAUUUUCUAUAUUUGAGGUGAUGGAUGAAAAUGAAGCCCACGACGGGAAGUUCCCGGCCUCUUUCUUCAGCAGAAACAAAGCUGUGGCAGGAUCCAAAAAAUACAUGAACGGGCGCGAGGUGAUGGAGUUAGUGGCUCUGGAGCCAGGUGAAUACCUGAUCGUCCCAUCCACCUUCAGUCCCAAUGAGACCGCAUCCUUCCUCCUGACCAUCAUCUCCAAAGCCGAGACCCACGUCCAUGAAAAUUCAGGAGGCCACAACCACGAACAUAUGGAAAAGAUGGUAACAGAGCCCACUCCGGUCCAAAACAGCGCAGAUGAUGAAAAAAAGAGAACCUUGUUCCGUCAGUUCUCCGACAAGUAUGAAGAGGUGGAUGCUGAGCAGCUCCAGAGAGUUCUGAAUGACAAUCUCCUGAAAGGAGACUUGAAAACUGGAGGCUUCAGCAUUGAAUCCUGUCGCAGCAUGGUUGCUCUGUUUGAUACGUCAAUCACUGGAAAACUGAAUGGAGAGGAAUUUGUUCGUUUGUGGAAGAAGAUCAUCACAUACAAGGACAUUUUCUACCGAACCGAUGUGUCCCAAACAGGAACCCUCUCACUGAGCGAGCUUCGGAAUGCUCUCAUGGCGUCAGGAAAGAACAUCAGCGAUGAUAUGCUGAACCUGAUGGCUCUGCGUUACGGCUCCUCCUCUGGACAGAUGACGCUGGAGAACUUCAUCAGUCUCAUCCUUCGAUUCGACUGCAUGUAUCAAAUCUUCAGCCAGUUGUCGGACAGGACGGCUCUGACUCUGCGUCAAAAAGAGUGGCUGUACCUGACCAUGUACACCUAGCCUGACAGAGGAUGAUCAGCAGGAUGCUUUUGGGGUAAACCCACAGAUGAUGUGAAAACAAAAUAAUGAGAAAUUCUUCUUCUGCAAAUGAGCUGUCACUCUGUCUGAAACUACAGAGCAGUUAUUCAUAUUUUGGGUUUGGGGUGUGUUUGGGGUGUGUGUCCAUGUCUCGUGUCUCUUUCUUUAUGCAUGCAAAAUGUAGUUGAACCACUGGCUGGAACAUGUAGAGUGCAGCUGUCAUAGUGUAAUUAAAUUGAAUCUGCUACACUAACAAAAUCAUAAUGUAGGACUGUGUCUGAUCAGGAUGUGUUCACCAUCUAUGUUGUUGAAGAGAACAUGUGGGUCUCUCUGCUGCCCUUUACACCUGGCAUCAACAUGUGGUGUCAGUGACCGGAUCACACGAGGGCAGCCUGAUCUACGGGUGUAAACACAUCUUGGUGGUUCUGAUUUAGAUCUGAUCACUCAGGCCACAUAUGGAAGUGGUCUUGGGGGGAUUGUCCAUAGGGUCAAGUGACAUCCUCAACAAUAUUCCCCAAGAGGAGAGGACGCCUUCAUAAGUUCAGACUAAUUAGCACACCAAUGUCAACAAUGUCCUCCAUGAAGCAACAACAACCCUGUUGUCCUAUCAUGUUCACUGGAGACACAUGUUAAUGUAAAGUGUGAAGGCUUGCACUCAGUGCUGCCCUCUGGUGUUGUGAUCAUUAAAAGCACGUUAGUACCAGGUAGGAAGGAGGGCUCUGAUGCUUCAUUGCUCCUGUUUGGGUUAUAGAAUUUCAUUUGUCUGUUAUGUUGUUGGAUAGAUCAUAUACCUAGAUCAGUUUACCUAUGGGCUCCAGGGGAUGAAGGGUACCAAGUUGUUGUUUUGUUGUUUUUUUACUUACCUUAAAGACUGAACAGAAUAAAUGCUCAAUCAAACUCCAUAUCAGAUACAUUUUCUGUGCUUUGUUUAUUCAUCUUUGUGCUCUCGUUGUUCUUUAUUUGAACGAUAUAGAGUAUUUACUAUAAGACACCUUCCAUGUAACAUCUGGGUUAUAAUACUGAUGUCUGAGCUGUAACUUCUAUCCAACAGGCGGGAUCAAUCUAAUGCAGGUGUUUUAUUCACUCUCUGACCCUCUACACAAUGCUUCAGUUGUUUGUUAGCUGAAUACAAAUUUGAUUAGCAAUUCUUUCCUUCACUGAGAAUUUUGUGUAAUAUUUUUAAAGCCUUUACAAACUCUA